CUCCUCUAGUGCUCCUCCCCUCUUUCUCGUCUUUUGUUUUUCCAUCCCCUUUCGACCUCUUACGCUCUCUCUUUCUCUUCCUUUCUCAUUGCUCAUAUCGAGGAAAAAUAGAAGUACAUAUUACAAGUUUACAAGAUUUGAGAUUGAAGAUGAGUAGUUCUAAUGACAAUUCUCGAAAUCCUUGGGCUCCCUAUGAUUCUUACAAAGAUUGCUCUCAAGGAAUUUGUAGCGUUUAUUGUCCCCAAUGGUGCUACAUCAUUUUCCCCCCACCCCCUCAUUUUACUCUUCAAGAUGAUUCCGGGACUGAUUUUUCUCCUCUCAUUAUCGCACUUAUCGGCAUUCUGGCAAGUGCUUUUAUCCUGGUAAGUUACUAUGCCAUAAUCUCUAAGUUCUUCCAGCGACGAGACCACGGUGGGAGUGUUACACAAUUAAACGAUCAAAUAAUCAGGAAUGAAACUCCCCAUCGAGCUGCUAAUGUGGGAUUAGAUGAGGGUUUUAUAAAGUCCAUUACGGUGUGCAAGUAUAAGAGAGAUGAUGGAUUAGUUGAAAGCACAGAUUGUUCAGUUUGUUUAAGUGAAUUUCAAGAAGAUGAGAGCGUAAGGUUAUUGCCAAAGUGUAAUCAUGCCUUUCAUCUUCCUUGUAUUGACACUUGGUUAAAGUCUAACUCAAGUUGCCCUCUCUGUCGUGUAAAUAUUACUGCAUCUACCAGUAUUUUCCCCACCCAGGAAACUUCUCCACAUUUAAAUGAUGGUGAAACAAGUAUUUCUGUGAAUCAAUUGCGAUGCCAACAGAGAAAUCAGGGCGUUUUAGUGAUCCAUGACCCAGAGGAAGCUGUUGUUUCAAGACAAAACGUAUUUGAAGAUGGGAUUCAUCCAAUUAGAAGGUCAGUUUCAAUGAAUUUUUGUGUUUCUAGAGGCCCUAUUUUGGUUGCUGAUAUAUUACGCAGUAGUGAAGAUGAUGAUGGGUUUCAAAUGGAAAGUAGCAUAGAUAAGAAUAGCACAACAGUUGUUAGGUGUCGUCAUUCAUUACAAAGAUGUGUUUCAACUGGUAGAUUCAUGUUCACAGGGUAUGGGAUUACUGGGAAUUCUAUUAUCCCCAAUUAGAAUUAAGUUUUUUUUUUUUUCCAAGGUUGAGAUCGAUAUUCACAAAUUAUGAUACAAUUAUUAGGAAUUUAGAUCUAAGUAUUGAAUAGUUGAGAUUUAAAUCUGAAUAAUAUCAUUUUCAAAAUGUAUGAAUCGUGUCAGUUAUUUUAAAUCUCGAUCAUCCGAAGUACUUGAAUCUAA